AUGUUGAAAACUAAUGAAAUAAAUCAUCAACUUCAAAGCAAAAAUUCAAGAUUAAUUUCUAAAUAAAAUACCAAGUACUUAUUUAGUAUCGACAAUUUUGUAAUUUUUCCUUUUUCUUUCAAAUCUUACAUAGUCUGGAUCACUUUUUACGCGCAUUACAGUACCAAUGCAAAUAAAAACACAAAUUUUAUACAAAAUACUCACUUUAAUAAUUUUGAAAUUGUCAAACUGACUGAUUAUACCAUAAUAGCAAAUUUCGUAAUGUCUUCCCAACUUCCACUCUUUGAGGAGGACAUAUUUAAGGGACAUUUAGUAAAUAUCCCUUCGAAAAUUGUCAGCGAUACACUUUUAGGAAUGAGUGUGUCGAAUCCAAAUGUGGGCAUCUUAGAUUGUGGGAAUGUGGUUGUUCGUCGUGACUACGCGGAACACAACAUUGUUCAGGUUGUAUCGGGCGGUCCGUCCGGGCACGAGCCAUUUCAGGCCGGCUUCGUGGGGAAAGGUAUGCUGUGCGCUGCCGUUCAAGGUGACAUGUUUCGCUCCCCUCCGGUACACGUGAUUCUUAAGACCAUUAAACAAAUAAGUUACAACUUGACGGGGGGAGUGCUCGUUAUUGUACGAAAUAAUACAUCGGAUUGCCUCAACUUUGGACUUGCCGUAGAGAGAGCGCGCAAUCGAGGGAUCGGUGUUGAAAUGAUAGUAGUCAAUGACGAAUUUUGCGUCGUAAACAAGCAGCAAGGCAAAAGAGGAUCGAGUGGAAUAGUUUUAAUAAACAAAAUAGCUGGUGCAAUGGCCGACAAACUUUUACCUUUAAAUACCAUCUCUGACUUUUGUAAGAGGCUCCUCGAAAACAUGGGCAGUAUUUUAUUUACAAUCAAAACCUCGCAUCUUGCCGAUGAGUGUGUCUGUUCGACUCAGUCUCACGAAUACGAAAUUGAGAUAGGCACAGGUCUGCACGGCGAAAAAGGCCUGUUAGUAAUCGAUAAGACUGAUGUCCAUGAAGUCACCUCCUUUAUUCUGACGCAACUGUCGAGAUUCUUUCCAAUAUCUCCCAAUGUAGUGAUUCUAGUGAAUAAUUUAGGAAACUCGCUGCUUUUAGAAGAAAUGAGUUUUGUGAAUGAAAUUGUUAAUUACCUUUUUCAACGCGAAAUUCACGUGCUCCGAAUGUACCACGGCAAAUAUUUAACAUCUCCAAAAGUUCGAGGGUUCUCGUUGACUAUUCUAAAUGUAUUCGACAAUGACAUCUUGUCAUACAUGGACCAUCCUUGUGAAGCACCGGGAUGGGGCUACGUCAGUACGAAACCGCUGGAAGAUUUAUCUGUAAUACUUUGUAGACCCAUCAAACGUCCCCCAGUUAAAAGCUUAGGUCCUCAACUGACUCAACAGCAGCGCAACACAGUCUAUUACGCAGUACAAUUUGCUUGCGACGCGCUAAUUUCGUGCGAGAGACAAAUUAAUAUCAUCGAUUGUGAUGAAGGCAGAGGAAACGUCGGUACAAAAAUGAAGAGAGGAGCCGCGAUCGUUCUGGACCUAAUGAAAAAUAGGCGCCUCGACUUCGCGCGGCCGAAAUGCUGGUUCGAAAUACUCGGCCAAAUUUCUGAGAGGCACGUCGGCGGCGCCAUCGGAUCAUCUUACAGUAUCCUAUUCGAGGUCGCCUCAAUUUACUUCGGCGAUCAACCGGAGGAUCUCUACGUCGAGUUUCACGUCUGGCUAAAAUGUUUGAAGGAGGCAAUUUUAGUUAUAAAGCAAUACGGAAAUACCCAGUUCGGUUUUGGGACAAUGUACGAUCCGCUCUUUGUAUUUGUCGAGACGAUCAAUAUGUUACCGGAGCAGACCAAAAGUAUGGAGUUGUUUCGUCUGUCACUUAAGUAUGUCGAAGAUGCAGUGUUACAAACGAAGCAGGGUUCUAGAAAGUAUGUCGAUCCGGGGGCCGAAGUGGUGCGUGUUUGGAUAAAAGCGAUUUAUGAAGGGCUAUCAUUGCCAUAUAACUAGUCAGUGUCUAAGAAGUUAUUAAUAAAUUUUUGCGUAAUUAUAAUUCAAUUGUUAUUUCGGAUAGCAAGAUGAUAGGGUUAUGU